AUGCAAGUAGACGCAUGCGAGGAAAUGUCUAUUGCAGCCGCACACGAAGAGCAUCUUGAUCUUGAUGCCGCCAUGGAUGUAAACGACAGCAGACGGUUGAGCAGCGAUUCACGUUCAGCUAAGACCAAGGAGCUGGUGUCAAUGGCUAUCCUCGAAUGCCUCAAAGUCGACCGUGUUGGGGCUCUACGUAUGUUGGAAGCUUACCGCAAACAAUGGCUGGCUGUCAUGGAAACGUACAACACGGAAGAAAUUGACAGCUUAGAUGAGUAUUUCACAUCGCGGGCAAACAACGGAGGCAUGGGUGCAUAUUACGCCAUGCUAGAAUUUUCUCUGGGCAUAGUUGUAAGCGACGAAGAAUAUGACUUGAUGGCUACGCCUAUCAAACACGUUGAGCGGUGUAUGCUCCUUACCAAUGAUUAUUGGAGCUGGCCACGGGAGAGAGAACAGGCCAAAACCCAGGAAGCCGGAAAGGUUUUCAACACAGUUUGGUUCCUUAUGAAGCAAGAGCAGUGUUCAGAGGAAGAUGCCAUGGCAAAGGUGGCUGAGAUGGUCCAUGCCGAGGAACUUCGGUGGGUCAAUGCCAAAAAUCAGAUCUACCAAGAGCAUCAAGACCUUCGCCCAGACUUGGUCAGAUUUCUAGAAAGCCUGCACACUGCACUUGCUGGCAAUGACUUCUGGAGUUCACAAUGCUACCGCCAUAACGACUGGGCUCACAUUCCGGAGCAGCCUUCUGAAAAUCACCCUAAGAUCCAUGAGCUUGCCUCUUUGGGAAGAAUUGCAGCCUCAUCAGAUUCUGAAAUAUCGCUCAUGCCGCCUAUGCCGAAGGACAAGAUUCCCAACGCAGCUCAAAACUCGCCUACCUUGUUCUGUCCGGCGAAGUCGGUCUCAGAUAACUUCCAAAACCAGCAGUCAGUCAAUUCUAUUAGCAACUCUCAUACCGAAGCAAAUACCCCUGACGCCUCGCGAUCCUCGUCUUCGCUUCCUGAUUCCAGCUGCCCCACGACUGUUUCUGAUGAUGCACCGACGCCAUCUAUUUCUGCCUCAAAGGUCAUUUCGGCGCCUAUUCAAUAUGUGCAAAGUCUGCCGUCCAAGGGUUUUCGAACAACCCUGAUAGACUGCCUUAACACAUGGCUGGAGGUACCCCAACGAGAGAUGGAUAGUAUCAAGAAAGUCAUCAACAGUCUACAUGAUUCAUCACUCAUCCUUGAUGAUAUAGAAGACAAUGCAAAACUUCGUCGUGGGUUCCCAGCCACGCACAUCAUUUACGGUGCGAGUCAGUCUAUCAACAGUGCUACUUUCCUCUACGUCCAAGCAGUGGAGGUCAUCAACGAGCUAGGGGAUAAGAAAAUGAUGAACGUUCUGUUGAGCCAUCUGCGACAGCUUUUCUACGGCCAGGCUCUUGAUCUUUACUGGACUUUUAAUCGGAAAUGUCCAUCCGAGGACGAGUACUUUGAUAUGGUCAGUCAAAAGACCGGCGGUCUCUUGCUUAUGGUAUCAGACCUCAUGAUGGCAGCUAGUCCACGUUAUGCAGCAGAUCACGAGACAUCGCAGCACCUUGUUCAUAAGACAAUUUCUAGCUUUCUGCGUUUGUCGGGUCUCUACUAUCAGGUUCGGGAUGAUUACAUGAACAUUAUGUCUGCGGAUUACACCAACAAGAAGGGAUUCUGCGAAGAUUUGGACGAGCAGAAGUUUUCAUACAUGAUGGUUUACAUGUCGCAGAAAUGCCCAGAAACCAUGUGUCAGAUUGAAGGGAUGUUCAAAGCUGUGAACAACGGCAUAGCUGAACCCAUGGAGACAAAGAAGUUUAUGGUCUCUCUUUUGCACAAAUCUGGAUCCUUGGAUGCAACAAAGAAACUUUUGAUGAGAUGGCAGGACGAUAUUAAGAACGAUAUCGGGAUCCUAGAGGGCCAGUUUGGUUUGCAGAACGCUGGAUUGCGUCUACUCAUGGAAAGUCUUAGCAUAGAAGCAAUUUCUUGA